AUGUCGUUGGCCACUUUUGACAAUCUCCCGCUCGAGCUUGUCUACACCAUCCUCUCCCACGCCGCAGGUCACACUCUCUUCCAAUAUCUCUUCCUCGACAUCUACGCUGUCCAGAACACUACAAACGAUGCCCUCAACCAGCUCUGUAGUUUUGCAAGCGUGAACAAGGCCUGGCGCACCAUCCUCUUGCGCGUGCUAGGGGCACUGUUGAACAUGCCAACGACCCAGGCGUACAGGAGCGAUAGCAUCUGCAGGGCUGUUAGUAGCGGUGUCCCGUCUCUUAACACGGCAGCCAAUCACCCCACACGGCAAACCUCGUUUCGAGACAUCGGUCACGUUCUUUGCCAAAUGCAUGCCCUUCUCCGAACCCAGCUCCAACAUGCCAUUGACAUGUACCGUGCCGAGCAAGAAUCACUCCAUGGCAUGGCCCUCUUGCAUACAACCGCACCCACUCCGGGGACGACGACCCCACCACUCGCAUUUCCGCCCACCGCGGCUCUAGUUCCCUCUGCGCAAAUUGCGGGGUCGACACACAGUUUCGGCUUGGACACGCGACAGGUGCCUUUGACACCCCUGUCCAUGUCUCUACACCCCGACUUUGUCGCCGCCUCGUCGUCAUCUGUUUCGACACCGACCAUCUCGCAUGUCGUCACGGACCGAGACUUUGAAUCCACCUAUUGCGCUUCGCCCUUGUUCGUUGCUGCAUUGCAAUAUACUCAGGGAUGCCUCUUCACCGCUACUACCUCUCGCUCUUCCCCCUCACAGCGGCAAGACCUCUCCCUCUCGCUUACUCCAGGGAGAUUGUCAAGCGCACUCGAGCUUCUUGAUAGAAUGCAUUCAAACAAGGAAAUCCGGCCAAAGGAGGUUGCAAGCGUGGUAUCGAAUGGGAUGCAACUCGCUGCCGAUGAAGUCGCUCAAGCACUCCAAGUUUGCCAAUGGAACGACAUGCUCGAUCGUGUCUUCCAACAGGGCGAACGAAGCGACCAACUCGUGGAGCAAAUCCCAUCCCUGUUCGAUGCGAUGGAAUCACAAGCGCAGUCCAUCAAGAUGCUCUACCUCUUGCGCACCGGUCUCUUCAAGACGGUUCAAUCCAUUGGACGCAUGGCGCCCAUUUCUCUCCCACUCGACACGCCAAUCUCAUCUUCCACAACUCUUUCACCUGCACAUGGCGUGUCAGUGUCAUACCCAAGCAAUUCUAUCGUAUACCCAGCAUACACUUCACGCCCCCCAUCCCCAACAGAUAAUUCGGGCCCUGCAGCAAAGAGCGGUCCAGUCCAAUGGAAACAACGCGCGACGUCCUUGUCUGUGCGGUGGACAGGGAGGGUCAUCGAGUGGUCUGGGUUCUAG